UCUUCAGUUAGAGAACUUCUCCGAGUAUAAAAAAUGUCUUUUUGGGGAGUGGAAGUGCUACCUGGAAAACCGUUCAUUCAGCGCUUCUCGAAAUCAAGAAGAAAGCUUCACAUCUCUCAGGCGACUCUCUCAUCUAAUGUUGCUACUGGUUACACAAUUCACUGUCAGUGUAACGUAAGGGAAAAGAAUCCAAUUCUUUUGUGCUCGCUUAAUACGACCUACCAACGGUCUAGUCAUAUUGAUGUUGAGUUCGGGGAAGAUGAUGGGGAUAUUUUACUUUCAGUUACUGGUAAUGGCAGUAAUGACUAUGGUGUACAUCUUACUGGUUAUUAUAUCAGUGAUGCUUCUAUUAACGGCCACGGUGUAAUUGGAAAGAUAAAGUCUGAAGAAGAAAAUGUUGCGGAAGAUAAUGCUGCCAAGAAUUCCUCUGGUGAAAGUCAAAGCAGGGAAGGAAAUAACAAGGUGGAAAAGAUGAAAAGGUUCAACUUUGGAUUUAUCCUGAAGAUGAUUCUGCUGAUUUUUCUUGUGUUGUUCAUUUUGGGUCGCAUUAUUUCUACAUUCGAGUCAUAUGAGGUUCAGCCAAAAGUUUGCACCUGUUGGAUGUAGUGUUUCUAGUUGUGAAUCCGUUCUGUUAGUUGCAUUCUGUUUUGAAGUACACCAUUUUGCAAAUGGGUAUAUAUUUUGGGUUUUAAUUUUUUUGGAACUUUUUUUGUAAUGUGCUUGAUUGUCACUAAGCACACAGAAUGGAUCGUUUUGCGAAUGGGUCAAUGGUGUUUUCAUUUUGUGAUGUGCCCACAGAGCACAUGGAUAGAUGUUUUUGUUAAUCGCAUGCCUGA